AUGACUCCAUCCAUAGGGAUUCGGAUUGAUCCGCCUGAUAAUAUCAUGGCCAUUGCUAUCGAUGCUGUGAGCGAAAAAGGAAAAAUUCGGAUAUUCAGGGAACGUAGUGGUGAGCAGCUUGAUGGGGUUGGGAUAGAAUGGGCAGGACACAAGGUCAUGGUUCCCUGGGACAAUACGUGGUGGCUCAGAGCAUCUGGUGAAACAAAGAUUGAGGCGAGUCGUAAGAUAAUAAGCCGUCAACAGGACAGUACUGGUCGGUUGAAUACGCGAGUUCUAGAGAGUGUCAAGACUUCAUAA